AAAAUUUAAUAAUCAUAGAAAAUUAUAAAUAUGUCCAAAGUGAAUGUAGUAAAUGUAUUAGUUUUAGAUAAUCCAUGUUUCUUUAACAAUCAAUUUCAAUUCGAAAUUGUAUUUGAUUCUUAUGAAGAUCUUCCAGAAGAUUUGGAGUGGAAAAUAAUUUACGUUGGAUCAGCAGAAAGUGAAGAAUAUGAUCAAGUUCUAGACUCCGUUUUAGUUGGACCUAUACCUGCUGGAACACAUAAAUUUUUAUUCCAAGCCCCACCACCGGAUAGUUCUAAGAUACCAGUAGCUGAUUGUGUGGGAAUUACAGUAUUGCUCUUAACAUGCUCUUACAAGGAAAGAGAGUUUGUACGUAUAGGUUAUUAUGUUAAUGUAGAAUACGCAGAUCCUGAAAUAAGGGAAAAUCCUCCAGCCAUUCCUGAUUUUACUAAAUUGCAAAGGAAUAUUUUAGCCACCAAUCCUAGGGUAACUAAAUUUACUAUAGACUGGGGAGAAAGUGUUCCAAACAAUAAUCAAAUAGCCGAUAACAAUAACGUUACUUCACCCACAACAGAAAAUAAUAUACAUCCUCCGAAUAAUAUAUCAUCUACCGAUUUACAAACAGACGAAACACGUAAAACAGAUACAUUAGAAAUUCCAAACGAAAUUAAAUCUAACAUUAAUCUAGAAAACGAAUGCCAAAGCAAUAAUAUAUCUAUGGAAAUAACCUCUUGAUAGUUUAAUAAUCGCAUCAUAAUUUUUGAUAAUAUUUUAUACACCUUACUACUUGUGAUUGUACGAAUAAAUACCUAAUUUAAUAUAAUGAUUAAAAUUAACGCAUUUCAUAUGA